GAUCUACGGCAGUGCUCGCCGGACCGCCAUUGGAAGUCGACGCGUCACGGCGCACUCUACUCCACUCUGCGAUCUUUAGCACGCGACAAUAAAAAAAAAUACCAACACCAAGGCACCAACAGCCAUUCUUCCUUGUGCAUGCUGAGACUAAUUAGAAAAUUCUGCACAAUGAAACCACCGGUGAAUGCCGCCCUCCUCCACGAUGUGGACAUCCCCACCAAGAAGGCCACAUUUGGCAUGGGGUGUUUCUGGUCCAACGACUCUCUCUUCGGAGCCACCCCCGGGGUGGUUCGCACUCGCGUCGGCUACUCCGGAGGGACCACCAAGAGCCCCCACUACAGGAGCAUCGGUGACCACACGGAGGUGAUCGAGGUGGACUUUGACCCGAAGGCCGUCUCCUACGAGGAUCUGCUUGACAUGUUCUGGGCCAACCACGAGUAUGGACUCACCACAAAGCUUAAGAGACAGUACCAGUCAAUGAUCCUGUACCAUGACGAUGAGCAGCGUGCAGUGGCGGAGGCUUCGUAUAAACAGAUGCAGGAGCAGUGCGACGGACAGCUGAGGACUGAGAUCGCUCCCGCCGGACCCUUCUACCCCGCUGAGGAUUACCACCAGAAGUACAGAUUGCAAGGACACAAGGACCUUUGCCGCAGUUUGAAUUUGGACUCAGCCAAGCUUCAGACGUCACACCUGGCCGCGAGGUUGAACGGCUACCUGGUGGGAGUGGGGGGCAAAACCCAGUUUGAGGAAGAAGUGGGGAAACUAGGACUGAAUGAGAAGCAAGCCGAUUAUGUAAGGAAAGAGCUGGAGCGUAAUGAGGGUGGCGGUCUUGCUUGCUAGCUGAAUGAAGCUCACGAUAAGUAGAGGUGGUCUGGGAGCAUUUUUUGGGUAGAAAACCGGUGUACAGGUGAAUAUAAACGGAAAAGCGAAUAGGCAAUUUCUUCGCGCUUGGAUUUCUAUGUACGGGUGCAUAUAGUUCUCUUCAAGGCAAUAUAGUAUCUAAUUUUUGGCCACAUCGUCACUUACAAUCAGGUGAGAUUGUGGUCAAUGCUUCCAUUAAAAAACCGUCACCCAGAAAGCUCCCAGCACCGCGUCUUUAGAUCAAGGCAUUAAACCCUUAGGUGGGUAAAAGUAGAACACGCUCUUAUUCUAAUGAUGCACUUUCCAGGCUACUUUCCCCAAAAAUAACAUAGAUGGCGCUGUACAGAGUUGCCUAUGUAACCUUCUAAUUUCAUGGAUAAAAGACCUCAUCUUUUAUCUUUGUUUUUUUUUAUAAAUGAUGAUCCUUGUUAUUACAUGUAUCACUAGCGGGCAAGCUAAGUUCAGCAGCAUAUGCCGUCAGAAGGAUCCGACAACUCACAGAUGUACCCACUGCUAGACUUGUCUACUUCAGCUACUUCCACAGCAUAAUGUCUUUCGGAAUUUUGCUGUGGGGUCGAGCCGCUGAUGUAGAAACUAUUUUCAUCAUUCAAAAAAGAGCAGUUCGCGCUAUUUAUAAGCUGCGUUGUCGGGACUCUUUGAGGGAGCUGUUUAAAGAAAUAAAUAUAGUGACGGUCGCAAGUCAAUAUAUAUAUGAAAACAUUAUGUAUGUACGUAAAAAUGUAUCUCUCCUUCCGAGAAACUAUGAAAGGCAUACUUACAAUACAAGAAAUAAACAUAAAAUUGCUAUUCAAAAUUAUAGAUUAAGUAAAUUAAAUUCAUCUUUUUUGGGGUUAUGUAUACGUUUUUACAAUAAAAUACCAGAUAAUAUUUUAAACUUGUCAGAAAAUAAAUUAUAAAUAUAAUGUAUACAUAUUAAUGCUCGUGACCGUACAACGCCAUCUACAUUGUUUUUAGAGAACGUAGCCUGAAAAGUGCGUCAUUUUGUUUACAUUCCGGGUUUAUUGUGAGUGUACAUCUAUAUUUUUUACGAUCAGUAUAAAUUUACGUUCGAAUAUCGAUCACUUCACAGAAUAUGUUAUAUUUUAGGUAAAAUUAUUUUGAUGUCCAAUUAUAGACAUAAUUCAAUUAGUAGUUUAUAGUACUUAAGAUCUUAAUAAUAUAUAACAUACACACAUACAAAUAUACAUUGGGGUUGACUUUCUUGAAAAUAUUGAUUGUAAUCCUGAAUCUUAUUUGUAAAAAACCAUAGACUCAAAAAUAUUCGCGCCAAAAAUAUCUAUAGAAAAAAAUAUAUUAGUUAUUAUUGCUCACACGAACUUAAUAUAAUAUUUGUCAUCAAGACCAUGAAUGUAUUAAAAAAAAAUACUUAGUUAAUAAAUUGUGUUAGUUGAAAUCUCACAUCAAGCGUGUUUCUACCCUAUUUAAUUAAUAAUGUUAAUUUAGCUGCCGAAUUUUCUUCAUUUCACUUUUUUUUAACCUUGAACUCUUUUCGUUUAACCUUGAACUAAUUUUUGAAUAAUUAUGUACUCGAGUAAUGAUGAAAAUAGGAAAAACGCCGUCUGUAUUGUUUUUUGGAGAAGAAAGUCUCUCAUUUUUCAUAACGGCAGCAGCAUUUCAAUAGAACAAACUAAAUAGGUUUUCAUUCAUGCUGUAAUAUCUAUUAGAUAAUGUUUAUUUUAAAAUGGCAAUAUUUUUACUUGUUUUUGACAAUAUACGGCAAUUUCGUAAUUAUUAUUUAAUAAAAAUGAACUUUAUUUUGAAAUGCCUUUGUUGAACCAGUAAAAAAUCUAUCACAGUAUUAGCUAUAAGGUUUUGUGUAAGUAUAGAAAAAAAUAUAGAAUAUAUUUUGCGUAUUUCAGUCUCAUUAAUGUAAUGAGGGAAUUUCCAAUCGGCGUUCCCCAAAAACACGAUAGAUGGCGUUGUUAACUUUUUAUUCGUUUAAAUUACUAAUUUCAUGGAUACCGAGAUAUAUGCUUUUAUCUUUGUUUUUGGGUAUAAAUGAUGACCGUUUUUAUUACACCAAGAUACAAUUACAACUUCCAUCCAUUAUUAUUCUGAUACAAAUAAAAAAAGCAAUAUAGGUAGCAACAACAUCAUUCUAUAGAUAAUGUGAUCCAAAUAUCAAGCAACAAUUAGUUUUAUAUAUGCUUCUGCCAUUACAUUUUUUUUUUAAUAAUUAUUUAUCGGAACAAUGAGAAAAUAGGUAAUUAUCACGUUAAAAGUGAACAGCGCCAUCUAUUGUGUGUUUAGUAACGUCGAUUGGAAAGUCCCACAUUGAAAUUCAUGUUGAUUUGUCAUCAGAAUAUUACAAAACAUACAUGUAUUUUGUCACAAA